UUGAACAUACUUCCUAACAAGGAUUAUAUAUCUAUUAGAAGAUUAAGAAGGAUUAGUGAAAAAUAUGGCGCUUAUCUAAGUAUAAAAGAAAAUGAAAGAUAAAUAAAACACUUGUGUAGAGUCAACAAUGAUUAGCUGGGCUGUACUUCUUUUAGGCGCCGCUGCCGCAUCAGCAGCGGUCCCCAAGACCAACCGAAUCGUCGGUGGACAGAUCACUUCCAUCGAGGAGCAUCCUUCCAUCGUGCAGCUGGACUACCUUGGUCAGCUCAGUGGAACUUGGACCCAAAACUGCGGGGGAACCAUCCUGAACCCCGACUUUGUUGUCAGUGCCGCUCAUUGCACAGACAACAACGUCAGUGCUGCCAACCGCAGAGUCCGUGCCGGCUCCACCAUCCGCAACAGCGGAGGUCAGCUCGUCUACGUCUCAUACUACCGGAACCACCCCGACUACAGCAAGAGGGAAGAAUUCGACAGUGACAUCACCUUGAUCAGACUGGCUAAGAGACUGACCUUCGAUGCUACGGUCCAGCAGGCUCCUAUCAACGCUCCAGGGUCUGAAAUACCCGAUGGAACCGCCGUCGUCCAUGCCGGAUGGGGUGACAUGAAGGAAGGGGCCGGCAUUGCAUCGCUGUUUCUGCGUGACGUGACCAUCUACACCAUAAACAACGCUGAAUGUGCCAGCCGCUACGAGGAAGGGGUGACUGAAAACAUGAUUUGCGUUGGUAUCCUGGAUGAGGGAGGCAAGGACGCAUGCCAAGGAGACUCUGGCGGCCCUCUGUACCUCAACAAAAUCCUUGUAGGUAUUGUGUCAUGGGGCAGUGGCUGUGCUGACGAGUACUACCCAGGUGUGACCACUAAGGUGUCUGCUUUCACCAACUGGAUCGUAGACAAUGCUAAAUAAGUGUGGUCUGACGGUGCUUCAACUAGAUUGCAAGCCAAAACAGAGUGAUAAAUAAUACAUGGUUAAAUUAUUGAUUCCCUA